ACCACACUUUCUUCUUCUUCUUCAAAGCUCAUUUCCCUCAAAAUGUUGUCUUCAAUGGAGAACCACAUCAAACACAAGAUCACUCGCAUCUUUCGAUCCUCUUUCGGCUCCUGCAAGACCAAGAACAUCACCGACGUCAUUGACGACGACAAGCCUGUUUUUCAUCCUCAAAAUCCCCAAUUUUUCUCCGACAUUUUCCCUCCCAAACCUCGUCCUUUCCCUUCCAUUUGCCGCCCCGGACCAGAGGUUGAUCAUCGCAUUUUGUUCCCACGACCCAAAAUCUCCGACCAAAGCUCCCCUCUUUUCCCACCGCCGGCUCCCAGUAAGCACAAGAAGAAGAAGAGAAUCGGAUACAAAGGUUUGUUCAGCAGCGACGACGAGGAAACGGAGGACGAAGAUGACGAUGAUAGGGCCACUCUUUUCUCGUCGGUGUCGUUCUCAUUCUCGUCGGACUCCUCGGAGUCGUUCCGGCGGCGGCGGGCGGAGCGGAUCAGGCGGCGGCGGCGGAGGGCGGCGCGUAAGAGAAGAGGGGCGGAGGAGAAGGAGAAGGAGGCGGCGAUGAAGGACAGCAUGGCGGUGGUGAAGCGGUCGAGAGACCCGUGCGCGGAUUUCAGGGCAUCAAUGUUGGAAAUGAUAAUGGAGAAACAGAUAUUCGGAGCCAAGGAUUUGGAGAAGCUUUUGGACUGUUUUCUCUCUUUAAACUCACAUCAUCAUCAUGGGGUCAUCAUUCAGGUCUUCACUGAGAUUUGUGAAGCUUUGUUCUCUAAUUACUGCCCCUGAAAGGCUGAAACAAUCCCCCAAAAACCCAAAAAAAAAAAAAAAAAAAACAAGAAAACAUAUGUUGUUUUCUUGUUCUUAUUAAUGUUGUUGUGAUGCUAGCUAGGUAUCAAGAAAAGAAAAAGAAAAAAAGAGUAGCAGUGUAGUCUUGACUUUUUUUCUUUUUCUUUUUUACCAUGUUCAUUAAUGUAUUCUAUCUUUAUCUCUUGUCUUCAA